AGUAGUAGUAGUAGUAGUAGUAGUAGUAGUAGUAGCAGUAGUAAUAGUAGUAGUAGUAGUAGUAGUAGUAGUAGUAGUAGUAGCAGUAGUAAUAGUAGUAGUAGUAGCAGUAGUAAUUCCAGGUAACACUUUAUUUAAACUCUAGAGCCUGUUGUGUGUGAAAAUCCCAAGAGAUCAGCAGUUUCUGAAACAGGCCCAUCUAGCACCAGCAUCCACACCACAGUCAAAGUCACAGAAAUCUUUUCUUCUUAGAUGUGAACAUUAACUGAAGCUCUUGACCUUUAUCUGCAUGAUUGUGCUGUUAGAUGACUGCAUUUUUUAUUAGGUGUACUUGUAGUAGGAACAUUGCAUUCGGGGUAUUGGUUCUCAAGACUGGAGUUGAGAACCCCUCACAUACAGAGGCCUGAGUGUCUUACAAUCCUAAAAUGACCACUUUAGGAUUCUAUGGGUGAAAAUAUAGCAUGGGAUUAGAAAAAGAUUUUCCCUAGUACACUGUAACAAAAAAAGGAUUAAAAGUGUCUAUUCAUGACAAUUAUUCAUUCAUUCAUCUUCAGUAAACUAAGCCGGAAGUUAUCCCAUUGGAUCCAGGGCCUAUUGCAGGAACAGUGUGUACAGGGCAGGCUUAAACCCUGGAUCAGAGGCCAGAGCAAAAUACACACACACACAUUCACACACUCAUUCACACCGAGGGACAAUUCAGAGUACCCAAUCCACUUACAUAAAUGUUUUAUGGGAAGUGGAAGGAAAAAGCAGAAAUCCCAGAAGAAACCUCCCCACACAUGGGGAGAACAUGUGAAGAUCCGCAUAGACAGUAACCUAAGCUCUGGAUCAAACUGGGAACCCUGGAACUGUGAGCUGGAGCAGUGUUACCUGCUAUACCACUGUGCCAACAAAACAAUGAUGGCAACAUUAACACAAUCACUGUUAUUAAUUCUACUUAAGUUUGUGUUUGUUUGUUUAAUAUCCAUUAUCUGUGUUUAAUCACCAUGAAAAGAUUUUAUUUAUUUUUGUGUUUAUUUAUUUAUUUUUCAAGUAUAAUAGAUUGGCUAGACCUAAACAGACAGACAAAGAAAAGUGCAGUGUAGGAGUUUCCAGAGUAACCUCUUCCAAACUGGCCCAAAUAAAAAAAUCAAUCUAGAUGAAUAUGUCAUGUCACCCCCUGGUGUGCAGCCAAUCUCUGUCAACCAAAUCCUUCCUGCAUAAUAUUAUGAAGGUCUUAUUCUUUAGCGGAGUUUUUUUUUUUUUCAUUGCUUUUCACACCUGUGAAAGAAGACAUUGGGUUUUCAGCUACUGGCAUCCGUUGUUUUUGAGGCAUUUGUACUAUGCACAGUUCAAUCUUGUAUAAAAUGAUUUUAUAUUUUUUCCUCCUGCUGUGCACAUCUGUUGAUUGUUUAUACAUUGAAGAGGAGGUUUGGCAGGAGCCACUAACAAUCGCUGAGGAUGGAGGCAGUGUUAAGCUAACGUGUCUAUAUACAAAACAGCGAACGACCACAAUUAUAUGGCUCAGACAAAAGCUUGGAGAGAAGCCAUAUGUAGUUGCUACAUCAUAUCAGCUUCAACCUGCACAGUAUUAUAACAUAUUUGAAAAGAACGUCCGCUUUAAUGCAAGAAUCGGCCCUUCCAGUUUUAAUCUGAGCAUCUCAAACAUAAAACUAUCAGACUCAGCUACUUACUACUGCGCUGUCACGUUUCUUUAUGAAAUAACAUUCGGACAAGGCACCGUUCUAAUCGUGAAAGAUCAAUCAUUAAAAAAACGGACACAUGUCCAGCAGGACAUGGUUGAGAUGGUUGAGCCAGGAGACUCUGUGACUCAGUGUACGAUCGUCACUGAUCGCUGUGCAGGAGAUCACAAUGUGCACUGGUUCAGACACGGCUUAGGAGACUCUCAAUCAGGAAUCAUUUACACUCAAGGACAAAGCAGUGGUCAGUGUGAGAAAAGCUUCAAUGCUAGUUCUUCUUCACAGACGUGUGUUUACAGCCUUCCCAAGAACCUCAGGGUCUCUGAUGCUGGAACCUACUACUGUGCUGUGGUUGCAUGUGGAGAGAUACUGUUUGGGAAUGAAGCUAAGCGGAAUAUCAAAGAUGCGCAUUUUCAGAUUGAGGUUUUAGUCCUUCUCUCCAUCAUAAGAUCAGCUGUGCUUCUCCUCAUUUUUAUUAUUUGUCUACUCUGUACCUAUAUAGGUCAUUAACCAAAGGACUUUUCCUUCAGCCUGUAUUUGUAAAGCUGUAUGACUAUGCUUAUGAUUUUUUACAAAUCAUUGUAAGGUUAAGUUGACUUCUAAGUUCGACUUCUUUGCUUGUAUUUUCUCAAUUGAAAGUUGCUUUGGAUAAAAGCGUCUGCUAAAUGAAUAAAUGUAAAUGUAAAUGUAAGUUUGUUUUCCUUUCCUCAUAAUCUCAUUUAAUAUUUACUAAGGGAAAAAAAAUCAUGCUAUAAUUUAAAUGAUUGAUACAUGUUUUAUUCAUCAUUCAUCAAGAAUGAAGUAUUAUAUACUUUAUCUUUUAGAAAAAAACAUCAACAUAAACCUGAUUACUGCAAGUAUUAAAUGAUGUUGUACACAUUUAUGCUAACUAUUAAUGACUAUUAAAAGUCAUAAAAAAUACCUAGCAAAUCACCAAAUUGCUAAGAAUUACAUGCAGAGUUGUAAUGGCUUAUAAAUCCGACCAUCAAAGAAAAUUUUACCAGCCUAUAACUCCUAUAAUAUGUUAUGUUGGAAGAUAAAUUAUUUUUUCAAUUUGUUUUUGUAAAUAAGCUGAAAUGUUUUGAAAAUCAAGCUUAAAUAUUUGAAGAAUUGAGAUGAAAUAUUUAAAGAGUUAUGCUGAAAUAUUGUAAGAAUUAAGCUGAAAUAUUUGUGAAUACAUUUAUAACCCACUUAAUAUAUGUUUUUCUGCUGAUUUUUCACUGCAAUUAAAAAUCUUUGAUGUUGUUGAAUGAAAAAAUCCAAAGAAAUAUUCGAACAUCAAAUAACUAGUUUAACACAGACUUUGGAACACCAAGAUAUUUUGUUGUCUUGGUGAGAGUUCUUCUGUAUGUGCAUUAUUUGUGCUUCAAUAACAAUUUUAUCCUGGUCAGUGAAGCCUAUCCAUGGAACUCUGAACAAGAACAUGAUCUUUCUUAUUGUGACAAAGACACACAGUAGAUUUACAAAAAGUUUCACAAUUACACUUAAUGAAACCACUCUAAAAAGAGGUUUCAAUGAGAUUUCAGUUGGGGAAUUUCCCAAAUUUGAACACAUUGGUCUGCAUCUUCUGGAUAAUCAGUCCGUUUUUAUGGUGGAGCUCAGAGGUUUUUAUGAUUAUUAUUAUUAUUAUUAUUAUUAUUAUUAUUAUUAUUAUUAUUAUUAUUAUUAUUAUUAUUGUUGUUGUUGUUGUUAUUAUUAUUAUUAUUAUUAUUAUUAUUAUUAUUAUUAUUGCUGUUUAUUUAAUCUGCAUAGAUCUGUAUAUUUUACAAGGCUAUUGAAUUCCUUUGAACAUA